ACCACAUUUAAAGGGAUGAAAUAAAUCCAAAUGCCAAGUUUGAGGGAGUACUUUGUACCAAAAUUUAAGGGGUAAAAUGACCCUUUAUUCAACUUCAAAUCAACUUUUGCCCAUUCCCUCCAUUUCUUGAAAGUUUACCUUAGUUCAGCAAGGCCAACACUCUAAAUGUAUGCACCAUUACUCCGUCAAAAUCACACACCGAACUCCAAGUUAAUCACCAUCCUCGACAAAUGCAAGUCAAUGUUACAGCUAAAUCAAAUUCACGCUCUCAUAUUCACGUUAGGCCUAUCUCAAGAUGAAUAUUUUACGUCAAGAUUUAUUUCUUUCACUGCACUAUCCGAUUCAAGAAACAUAAACUACUCGUACCGGGUUUUAAUUUCUCUUUCAAACCCAACAAUCUUUAAUUGGAAUACAGUAAUUAGAGGCUACUCAAUCAGCAAAAACCCAAAUGGAUCAGUCUCUAGUUUUAUGCAAAUGCUUAAAUUUGGUGUCUUUGCUGACUAUUUAACAUUUCCUUUUCUUGUUAAGGCAGCUUCUCGCCUUUUGAACAAAGAAUUAGGGUUUUCUAUCCAUGGAUAUGUUUUAAAACACGGGUUUGAGUCAGAUAGGUUUGUUUCGAAUUCUUUGAUUCAUAUGUAUGGUUCUUUUGGUGAAAUUUUGUAUGCACGGAAGGUGUUUGAUGAAAUGCCUCUCAAGAAUUUGGUUUCGUGGAAUUCGAUGCUGGAUGGCUACGCGAAGUGUGGAGAUAUGGGUUUAGCGCGUCAAGUAUUUGAUUUAAUGCCUGAAAAGGAUGUUUUGUCGUGGAGUUCUUUGAUUGAUGGGUAUGUUAAGACCGGGGUUUAUGGAGAUGCUAUGGUGGUAUUUGAUAAAAUGCUUGUGUCGGGUCCUAAACCGAAUGAGGUUACUAUGGUUAGUGUGUUGUGUGCUUGUGCUCAUUUGGGUGCUCUUGAUAAAGGGAGGAUUAUGCAUAAUUAUGUUAUUGAUAAUAAGUUGCCAAUGACAUUAGUUUUGCGAACUUCUCUUGUCGAUAUGUAUGCUAAAUGUGGAGCGAUUGAUGAGGCGUUUGAUGUAUUUCGGGGGGUUCGUGUGGAAAAGAGUGAUGUUCUACUUUGGAAUGCGAUGAUUGGAGGACUUGCAACUCACGGUUUAGUUAAAGAAACGCUUGAUUUGCUUAAGGAAAUGAAUGUGGUUGGAGUUAAGCCGGAUGAGAUUACAUACUUGAGCGUAAUGCACGCUUGUGCUCACGGCGGAUUAGUAAAAGAAGCUUGGCAUUUCUUUGAUUGUCUUGUGAAACACGGCAUGACUCCAAAAAUUGAACAUUAUGCUUGUAUUGUGGAUGUUAUGGCGCGUGCGGGUCAAAUAGAAGAGGCAUAUAAAUUUGUAUGUGAAAUGCCAAUUGAGCCAACUGCUUCAAUGUUGGGGGCUCUGCUCAAUGGAUGUAUGAGCUACGGAAAGUUAGACGUUGCUGAAAUAAUAGGAAGGAAGCUCAUCGAGCUAGAGCCAUACCAUGACGGUAGAUACAUUGGAUUGUCGAAUGUCUACGCAACUGGGAGACGAUGGGAUGAGGCGAAAAAUAUGAGAAAAGUCAUGGAGGAGAAAGGGGUGAGAAAAUCUCCUGGUUUUAGUUUUGUGGAGAUUAAUGAAACUCUUCAUAGAUUUAUUGCACAUGACAAAACGCAUCCUAAUUCAGGGCUAAUAUACAUGAUGUUGAGUUUUAUUGUAAGCCAAAUGGAACUUUGUAUUGACCAUGAAAAUCAAGAAUUUGAUACUUUGUAUGAUAAUGAUAGGGAUUAAGUAUACUGUUUUAAUCUACUAGUUUUUUUUUUUUACAAAAAAAACAUAAUCAAAUUGAAAA